CAGGCCUCGGGCCCUCAGGCGGAGCGGCGGGCGCCGGACCCCCGGGUGGGAGCGACAGGUCUCGUGCCCUCAGGCGGAGCGGCGGGCGCCGGACCCCCGGGUGGAGCGACAGGUCUCGGGCCCUCAGGUGGAGCGGCGGGCGCCGGACCCCCAGGUGGAGCGACAGGUCUCGGGCCCUCAGGCGGAGCGGCGGGCGCCGGACCCCCAGGUGGAGCGACAGGUCUCGGGCCCUCAGGCGGAGCUGCGGGCGCCGGACCCCCAGGCGGUGCGACAGGUCUCGGGCCCUCAGGCGGAGCAACAGGUCUCGGGCCCCCAGGCGGGGCGGCGGGCGCCGGACCCCCAGGCGGAGGAGCGGCGGGCGCUGGACCCCCAGGCGGAGCGACAGGUCUCGGGCCCCCAGGCGGAGCAGCGGGCACCGAGUCACCAGGCACGACAGUGGGC